AUGAUCAAAUUGACAGUUCAAUCGAUAAUCAUCAUCAAAACUACUUCCAACUUCCAAAUUAAUAAUGCCCUCUAAUAAAAGAUUUGACUAUUCAGCUCUGUAAAUUAUAUGUUUUAUUUGACAAUUCUUUAUUUUAUUUUUAUAUUUGAAAUAUUCUUGAAUUGAGUAUUUUGUAAAAUUAGGUUACGUAUUUAGCAAGCACUGGUAUUCCAGUGAGUUUUCCAGUUCAGGUGAUGAAUAAACAAUGGUUGCCAUCUGAAAACGUGUUUCAAUAAUGUUUGCAUUUCAUUGUAGUUAAUAAAUAUUACGCGGCCUAUUUAAUAAUUUGUUUGUUGUAAAUUGAAUUUCUGAGGUAAAUUCUGGUGUAAAAAUGGGUAAUGUACUCGCGUCUAGUCAACCUGCCUCAAAAGACGUCUUUCCCAACCUACCACCUCUUCCUCCCAUUGGUGAUGUUAAGCCGGAGACGUUAAAUGUCGAAACCCCUAUAAUUAUUGAACCAAAAUUGUACAAUGAAAAAAUUGAAAAUCCUGGACCUAUGGAAGAUCUGCACAAAAAGUGUAAAGAUGUUUAUCCAGUCAAUUUUGAAGGAGCAAGAGUCUUACUAAGUCGAGGCUUUAGCAGUCAUUUUCAAGUUUCUCACACGUUGAAUCUAAGCUCAGUUACACCUUCAGGAUACAGAUUUGGAGCCACAUUCAUCGGCCCGAAUGAAGUUAGCAACACCGAAUCAUAUCCAAUCUUGUAUGGAGAUGUUGAUCCUAGUGGGAAUCUUAACGCUAAUAUUGUUAAUCAAUUUGGAAAGCGGUUACGUUCAAGACUUCAUACUCAGAUCCAGGGUGGAAAGUAUAUGGUUACCCAAAUUGUAAGUGACUACAAAGGAGACGACUAUACAGCAUCUUUAAGUGUAGGCAACCCAGAUAUCUUCAAUGAUACAGUUCUUCUUGCCGGUCAAUACCUGCAAUCAGUUACUCCACAAUUAGCUUUAGGGGCUGAGCUGGCUUACCAACGGUCACCACAUAUUCCCGGCAACCAGUUGGCUUUCUUGUCGGUCGGUGCCCGUUACACAGGUAGCGACUACUCGUGCAGUGGGACGAUUGGAGGCAACGGCCUCCAUUUAUGUUUGUACCAGUACGCCAGCGAGCAGCUGCAGUUUGGUGUUGAACUCGAAACCAAUGUACGGCUGCAGGAGUCGGUUGCGUCGAUAGGUUAUCAAAUUGAUAUUCCUAGGUCAGAGUUUUCUUUCAAAGGGUUGGUUGACACAAACGGCAAUGUUGGCGCGGUGUUAGAGAAAAAGAUUCUACCUCUACCAUUCACCUUCGCUCUAAGCGGGUUAAUUAAUCACACUAAGAAUAAUUUCAAACUUGGAGUAGCCUUUAUAAUCGCCUAAGUGUUGCAUUUGUGAAUUGUUUGGACAUUAAUGUUUGUUCAACAUUAGCACGAGCGAUGCUCAGAAUUUAGUGCAAGUCUAGAUUGUUGUUCCUCGUCAAUGUUGGUUAUGAUAACUAAGUUUUUGUAUGUACAUAAAAUCAAACAAAUUAUUACGUUACUCUUCA